CUCUCUCUCUCUCUCUCUCUCUCUCUCUCUCUCACACACACACACACACACACACAGGCAGAGCCCGAGCCAGCGUAGUCAUUAGGAUGGUGAUCAGGGUGUACGUCGCCUCCUCGUCCGGCUCUCUGGCGUUAAAAAAACAUCAGCAGGAGGUUGUAGGCUUCCUGGAGGCAAACCGGAUCCAUUUUGAAGAGGUGGACAUCACCAUGCUGGAGGACCAGAGAUUCUGGAUGUACAAGAACAUUCCAGAAGAGAAACGACCCGAGAAGGGCAAUCCGCUUCCCCCUCAGAUCUUUAAUGGAACGGUCUACUGUGGGGAUUAUGAAGACUUCUUCCUGUCUAAAGAAGCCAACACAGUGUUUUCUUUUCUUGGCCUCAACUCUCAAGCCUCAGGGAAGGAUGUUGAAUCUGACGCUGUGUGAAUGGCGCUCCAGCACUGAAGCACCAUGCAGCAUCACGAUUUGUAAUUAUUCUCUCUUUAUGAGAGGAUGAUGAAGCCAUCACUGCCAGCUAUGCAUCUGCCAAAUACGCAAACCUCCUCACGACCAAAGAGACUUCUACAUACACAAAUACACACGUUUCGACUAACGAGACAGUGAUGCCUAUUAGUCCAAUGUUUGUGUUGUUGCAUGACUUGUCUUAUAUCGCGAUCGCACCGACACAGCUUGUGUAAUAUGUGUAUCACUGUGUUGUAUUUUUUUUAAAUCGAUGACAAUCACUGUAUGAUGUUUGUACGUAUCCCUAUCUAGUUUGUGAGACUGCACUGUAUGUUUGUGAUCUCUAUGUGCGAGUGAUUUUGUUGGAGCAAAUGUCAGCAUUCCAUUAAAAUAAAAAUUCAACUUCCAA